GGCAUGGGCACGUGCAUCUGGGGUAGACAGGUAGAUUCCUGAAGAACAAGCCAGCCUCUAUGUCGACUGAUGUUCCUUUCCACCGAUUCCAACCACCACCAUCAACGCACGUUCUUUCACGAAGAAUCUAUCUCCUUGCUUCGCUUAUACUAACUGUCCAGCCGCAACAUAAAUGCCGGAGCUACUGUCUCGUCACGUUAUUGCUUAACUCCAUCGUAUCCGUUCCGCCCAGGUGGAGCCUCUAUUCGCUCCGAGCGUUUUACCUUCGGCGUCAUUACCUCGAGAUCUACGUCGUGUACCUUGAGUCCAGAACCCAGAAAGAAACAAAAAAAAAAAAAAAAUAACGAGACAAUUGUAUCUGGUGAUGCCAUCAGACACGUUCGGAAAUUAACGGUAAGGGAAAGAGAUAGAGGGAGAGAGUGAGAGGAAAUAAAUAAUAGACACAGAGAACACGUCAAUCCCAUCGGGGUGGUGGUUGGUUCUUUCGUUUUUCCGUUUUUACAAUGGCGGAAAGUCCUUUUUCGCAUCAUGGAGAUAAUAUGGGUGGUUCCAAGGGGGAUCCAAAUCAGUGCGAUGGUGAGGGUGUUGCCUCGAGUCAGGAUGCGGCUGGUUUGACAUCGUCGACGACAACGGACAAGAAGCCGUUACGGUUGCUCGAUUUACCCAUGGAUAUUUUGACAGAGAUUAUCAAAGAGGUUACACAGACGAACGAUCUGACGUCGCUAGCUCUGACGUGCUCUGCUUUGCAUGCGCUUGCUAUCCCUCUUAUGUAUUCUCGGUUCGAUAUCGUGUGGCCUGAUACGUUGACCACUUCGGAUCAUCCUGCUGGCGUGGAUGCCCUUUCGUACGGUCUGGCAACCCUUGUAAUGGGUGAGGAUGUCUUUCACCAAUUACCCCCUCCUCCUUCCCUUCCGUCGUUUAACACAAAGACCCCGGUUUGCGGCAAUUGCGGUUGCAACCCGGGAGAUCGUCACGAUGUCUUGGACUCCGGGAAUUGGGGCUUGCGGAGAAUCCGACGAGGGAACUAUUAUGCUCAAUACACUCGCAAGUUCUCUGUUGGAAAUGGCCCCUUAGUCUGGGUCCAGGAGUACUCGGUUACGAAGGAGACGGGGAAGAUGCUAGGAACACUGGUGGCUUUGGCCGUGGUGAGGAUGAUAAAUCUAGAGGCUUUUAUAUGGGACAUGCCUACGGGAGUGGUGAGGGAUAUUUGGAUUGCUCUGGCUUCACUAGCAGAUCGGCCGGGCCACGAGUGCCGGCUGGAGCGCGUUUGGGUGCGAUGGCACGACAAUACAGAAAACCGCAUGCGCUCCAUUCCGGGGGCAUAUUCGCCAUCGCAGCAAGGGGGUUUGUCGUCAUUCAAUUCAUCUCUGCCUCCAUCGGGAUCGUCUCAGCAGCUCCGAAAAUAUGGGCUGGUGGAGUAUCCAUCUCUGUCCAUCUUGCCUCCGUUGAAGAGCAUCAGCGUCCUUGAUAUCGAUGAGCCUUCUUAUCUUGAGGAACUUGGUAUACUCGUUGAUCGCUCGCGAGAUCGGCUAAAGGAAUUACGAAUUGGUAUUUCUUUGAAGGUUAUGAGGGAGGCGCGGUUUAAGCCUUCGGGGGAUUGGGUGUCCCAGGAAACGUCUACUGAUCACGACCCCUCUAGCUGGCCUAGAGUCGGUGGAAUACUUGGGAUACUUCUGAGCCCGUCUGACCGUUUACACUCGAAAGGAACCCGCCGCAAAAAGCAAGACACGACUGGGGAUACUGGUUCUGUCACUGAUGUGCAGGCACUGGAGCCAGCCAACGAGCCAGUUUUCUCACCGCAGAACCACCAACAGGAACUACCUGCAGCACAGUUAGAGGACAUGCCACCUGUGGACAGGGAUCCUCAUACAAGUGAACCUACUGGUAUUGAAGAAGCAGCUUCCCAUGAAACGGACCAACAGCAACUGCUGCAAGGGGAUAAGAUGCAGCCUCAAAACUCCAACUCUAUCAAGUCCUCAGCUACGACUACGCCCAAGGCCCCUAAAUUAAACCUAGAAAUUCUUGAAUUGGAGCGCGUUUCGCUUUCUAUCCCGGUCAUGUCACGCGUCUUCAACUGGACCAAGCUGACCACCCUUACUCUCCUCCGCUGCGAAGACCACGAGAAACUUUGGCGAGCACUUCGCCGCCAAUUCACGCCUCCUGGCACGUCACGGUCCAAAUCCGGGAAGUCACAAUCCCCUGAGCAGGAAAAUACAGAGUAUCCCUUAAAAAUCAAGAAUAUCCACACAGAUGCCGUUUCUCCAUACCUCAUGCUCUUUAUGAAGGAAACAAUUGCUCCAAAUUCACUUGAGAGCGUUUUCUUGCAGGAGAACCCGGACUAUAAUUCUCCAGUUCAUAUUGAAGGCAUCUAUAGCCAUGUGUUCCGGAGGCAUCGGUUGAGUCUAAGGAAGGUGUUAAUCGAUAGUACGGAACGGUCAUCUUCUGGGAAUGAAAUUGCUUCUACUCGUUGGCGCAAGUGGCUGUUCUCCCGCGAGAUCCUAUCGUUUGUUACCAGUGGACGUAUGCCGCAACUUCGCGAGUUGGGAAUGGCUAUUCAUUCGAAAGAUUGGCAUUUUUUCCUCCAAAGACUCCCCAAUAUCCCCCAAGUUCGCGCUCUGCAUAUCCACCACAUUGCCCAAUUAUUCCAUCGCGACCCGAAGGAGCUCGCCCUGCAGGUCAUAGAUAUUGUUUCCAUUCGUCCAGAAAUCAGCGUAUGCUAUAUUGGCAUCCAGUCAAAAUGCUACGAGAUUUUGGAAGGCAGAGGGAGCGAUGAACUCAGCACGUUCGACGACUCAGACGAUGGCCAAAGCGACCCUCCUAACACCGGGUGGGGUUUAGGCGAUCCAAAUGGCGAUGGUUUUUAUGAAGACGUGGAAAAUGAUGAUGAUGAUGAGGAGGAGGAGGAGGAGGACGACGACGACGACGACGACGAUGAGGACGACGAGAAUGAAAAUGACGAUGAGGAUGAUGAGGGUGCGCCCUCCAACUGGGCCUCUGAGGUUUCUUCAACAGGACAGUUCUCGGAUGAAGAGGAUGGAGAGUCGGAAUACAACGACCGGUCGGGUAUACGGUUUCGUUUACGUGAGAUUCUGUUCUACGAUGAUAAGAUAUCUAUUUUCAAGGCGAGGCAUGCGGCUCUGUGAUCUAUUGCUAUACGGCCUGGGCAUCGUAUGGUUCGAGUUUUCGGUGUUGAGGUUGAAAAUUCUCGUUUGGCUUAGGUUGGCUGGUUUCAUCUAUCAUGCCCUCUACUGUGGGGUGCACUAUGAGAUACCAUUUAGCGAAGGCGCUUGGCCUAUUGAAUAGAAUAUUUUUGUUCGUG